AUGCAGGAUAGAGAAGUGCAGCGUAUUGUUGAUGCUUCAGGUUUUUGCAGGAAAGAAGUGCCAUUCAAAUACUUGGGCAUUCCCGUAUGUGCCAAGCGAAUUUCAAGCAAGGAAUGUUCUAUCCUAGCUGACAAAAUGACAGCUAGGAUUAAGGCUUGGAGUACUCGAAAUUUAUCAUUUGCAGGUCGAGCUGUGCUAAUCAAUUCUGUGUUACUGACCAUUCAUUCAUAUUGGAGCCAAGUCAUGAUCUUGCCAAAGAAGGUUCUCAAUGGAAUAGAAGCCAUUUGCCGUGCAUACCUUUGGAGGGGCCAACACAUGUUCCAGGGAGCAGGCCUUAUAGCUUGGGACAGUGUGUGUCAAUCCAAGGCUGCAGGAGGAAUCAGUUUUAAGAAAGUUGCUGAGUGGAAUAAUGCUGCCAUCAUUAAGUAUGUAUGGGCAAUUGCAAAAAAAGAAGACAACUUAUGGGUUAGGUGGAUACAUAGUGUCUACAACAAGGGAGAAGAUUGGUGGAGCUAUCAGGCACCUACUCAUGGGAGCUGGUAUUGGAGAAAAUUGGUUGCUGUCAAAGAACAGGUUAAGAGCAUUAUUGAUAUGCAACAGUUUGCUGGUGCAAGAUACCAGAUAUCUCGAGGCUACAAGUUGUUAUGUCCUAUUCAGAAUAAGGUAAAAUGGAGUCAAGAGGUGUGGGGAAGACUUAAUUUACCAAGACAUAGCUUUGUAUUAUGGGUAGCUAUUCAAAACAGAUUGAGAACAAGGGAAAAACUGCAGAAACACAAUGUCAUUGUUGAGUCUCACUGUUUGUUCUGCAGAAUUCAAACUGAAACAGAGGAGCACCUAUUCUUUGAUUGCUCCUUUUCCCUGAUAUGUCUUCAGCAAGUGAAAAGCUGGCUUCAAUGGAGAGCUGAAUCAAGAUCAUUGGGCAGGCUUCUUAGGUGGAUUGAAAGAGCUAAAAUCAGCAGGUUCAAAAAGCAAAUUUUCUCAGCUGCAAUUGCAGCUUUGGUUUAUCAAAUCUGGCAUGCCAGAAAUGAUAUUCUAUGGAAUUCGAAUGUGGUAAAGGAAGAAUUGAUUGUGCGAAAGGUUAAGGAAGAUGUCAAGUGUAGAGUCAGCUGUGUUUGGCCUAAAAAUGUCAGCUCAGUAGACAUAGAGUGGUUUUCGAAAUUGUAA